AUGAAUCAAUUGGUCGAAAGUGUGGUCACAAUGAGCUCAAGACAACAAGUUCUGGCUUUUUAUAAACGAGUUAUCCGUCUGUCUUAUCAAUGGAAAGCCACCAAUGAUUUGAACACAAAUAAAGAGAGAUUAUAUAUAAAGAGUGAAUUAAGACAAAUGUUUGACACAAACAGACAUUUGGAUAAUGAAGAUGACAUCAGACGAGCUCUUAAUGAAGGCAUAAACAGAGUACAAGUGGCCAAACACUACAACAUCCCUUACCCGCGACCUGUGUAUCACCCGAUCGGCUCUUAUGCCAAAAAACAACUAAAAUAA